AUAAUGCAACAUUCAAAAUGGCCGCAUGGAAUGAAUUAUUUUAGACAUUUAACAAACUGAAUUGUUCUAGUGAAGCGGCCUUUUGAAUUUCAAUAUUUAUACGGUAAUUAUUUAUAAAUAGGUGCUACUAUCUAAUCCCGUUGCGUAGAAUAUUUGGAAAUUUUGAAAAACAAACUGAUUAACUAUCUUUGGUUCAUCCCACUCGGAUAUUUAUCAUUAAUCCGGAAAAUUAUUAAUCUGUUAUGAAUACAGUGUGCAAAGAAUAAUCUCAAAAUGUCGUCUGGUGACGAAUGUAGUAUCAGAGUAGUUUGCCGUGUUCGGCCCUUAAAUUCUAUUGAGGAGGCAAACAAUAGCAAAUUUGUUCUGAAGUUUCCAUCUGCUGACAGUAUAGGAUGUGGGGGUAAAGUAUAUACAUUCGACAAGGUAUUCAAGCCGCAAGAUGAUCAGGAGACCGUCUAUACUCAAGCUGCUAAAUCUAUUGUAUCGGACGUGCUAAAUGGGUAUAAUGGAACCAUAUUCGCUUAUGGUCAGACCUCCAGUGGUAAAACACACACGAUGGAGGGUCAAAUUGGUGACCCUAGUCUGGAGGGUAUUAUCCCAAGAAUUGUAGAUGAUAUAUAUGCCUUCAUCUACCAAAUGGAGGAAGUUGUUGAUAUAAAUAUAAAGGCGUCUUACUUUGAAAUUUAUAUGGACAAGAUUCAAGAUUUGCUAGAUAUUAGUAAUAAAAAUUUAUCUGUACAUGAAGAUAAAAAUCGAGUUCCUUAUGUGAAAGAUGUAACAGUGGUUGGAUGCGGAUCUCCUGACGAUGUAAUGGAUAUAAUAGCGCAAGGAAAAGCAAACAGACACGUAACAGUAACUAACAUGAAUGAACACAGUUCAAGAUCACAUUCCGUUUUCUUGCUCAAAGUUGAACAAGAAAAUCCGAAAACAAAUAAAAAGCUAUCCGGUAAACUUUAUCUAGUCGAUUUAGCCGGCUCUGAAAAAGUUGCUAAAACCGGCGCCGAAGGCUCAGUUCUUGAUGAGGCGAAAAACAUAAACAGAUCUCUGUCUGCUCUUGGCAAUGUUAUUUCUGCGCUAGCCGAUGGAAAUAAAUCCCAUGUCCCAUACAGAGACUCAAAACUAACUAGAAUCCUUCAAGAAUCUUUGGGAGGCAAUGCUAGGACAACGAUGAUUAUAUGCUGCUCUCCCGCUAGUUUCAAUGAGUCCGAAACUAAAAGUACUUUGCAAUUUGGACAGCGAGCCAAGACUAUUAAGAAUAAGGUUGUUGUCAACGAGGAAUUAACAGCCGAAGAAUGGAAGAGAAGGUAUGAAAAGGAAAGAGAAAAGAACCUUAAACUGAAGAAAAUGGUUGACAAAUACUUAGAUGAACUUCAGAGAUGGAGGCAAGGAGAAUCUGUUCCGACAGAUGAACAGGUUUCUCAAGCCUCUGCUGUAUCCGGUGCUGAUUCAUUAACUCCAAUUGAACCAGAUGUUAGCUCUAGUGCAAUAAUUGCAGCUGGUGGAGCAGUGUCUAACGAAGAACUUUCGGUUCUUCAAGCUGAGAAGUUGAACUUGUACCAUCAAUUGGAUGACAAAGAUGAUGAAAUUAAGAAUCAAUCUCAACAAAUUGAUAGCCUUCGAGAACAACUGAUUGAACAAGAAGAUAUGAUGGAUAGCACUAAGAGAGAUUUUGAAAAUCUUCAAGUAGAAAUGCAAAGAAUGCAAAGUGAAAACGAGAGUGCAAAGGAAGAGGUAAAAGAAGUGUUGAAUGCACUCGAAGAAUUAGCUAUUAACUACGAUCAAAAAAAUAGCGAGGUUGAGAGAAAAUCUCAGCAACUUGAAGAUAUUGCUGAAGAUCUUGAAUUAGCUAGAUCUAAAGUGAAAAAUUACGAAAUGGAAAUGAAACAAUUGAAGGAUAUUAAUUUACAUUCAAGAAACAGAAGUUUGGAUAUGAUGUCUCAAUUCCUCAAGGAAAUAGGAGAAAUGGCAACAUUUGUCAAUGGAGAGAAUUUGAGUGUACCUACAUUUACCUCAAUGGAUAAGAUUGAGGAGGAAUUUACUCAUGCUAGGCUAUUUUUAAAUAGAUUAAAGACAGAAAUGAAAAAUGUGGCUAGUCGAUGCUCUCAAGUUGAGACGCAGCAAACUGAGUUAACAAAGGCCCUAGAAAGUAGAGAAAGAGAGUUAUCUGAAAAUAAAUUAGUCGUUCAACAACAUGAAGCAAAAGUAAAAUCUGUAACAGAAUUGCAAAGAGAAACUGAACAGAAAAAGCGUCAAUUAGAAAGCGAGCUGGACAACUUAACGGAUGAAAUGGAGCAAUUGAAAACUCAGAAGGAUAUUUUAGCUAGAGAAGAGAAGGAACGUUCAAUGACUGCUGACGAAAUGAAAGAGGCGCUGGAAAGACGGCUCUCUGAACAUCAUGAGCAACAUACUAAACAAUUGUCUGGAUUGCGAACAGAGAUUUCAGACAAAGAAAGACAGCUUGAAGAAACAAAGGACCAACAUCAAAAAUUACAAUUGGUUCAUGAACAAUUAAGUGAAGAGUUGGCCAAGUUAAGGGUAGAAAAUGCUGAGAAAACUCAAAAAUUAGGUGUACUAUCUCAACAAAUGGAAAGACAAGACCAAGCGAAGGCUGACCUUAAAGGUCUGGAGGAAACAGUAGCUAUGGAGCUUCAAAAGUUACAUAAUUUAAGGAAAUUACUUGUAGCUGACUUACAAAAUCGUGUUAAAAAAUCGUCAAAGAUUAGUGUAGAAGAAGACGAUGGAGCGGCUGAUGCCGGAGGUUCUGUUGCUCAAAAACAGAAGAUAUCCUUCCUAGAAACAAACUUAGAGCAGCUGACAAAAGUGCACAAACAGCUCGUAAGAGAUAAUGCUGAUCUAAGAUGUGAAUUACCUAAAUUAGAGAAAAGAUUAAGGGCUACAAUGGAGAGAGUAAAGAGCCUGGAAGGAGCCUUAAAGGAAGCUAAGGAAGGAGCUAUGAGGGAUAGAAAGAGAUAUCAGAGUGAAGUCGACAGAAUAAAAGAAGCUGUUAGACAAAAGAACUUGCAAAAGAGAGGUCAUAUGCCGAUGAUUUCUAAGCCAAUUCGAACAGGCCAAAAUUUAAAUGCGGCUGCCAUCGGAGCUAUGAGAGCAACAAGACAGCCUCAUCAUAGCAACAACUAA